AUGGGGGACGGCCAAAACGAAAAUCAACCUCUGCUAGGGGAUGAAGAAGUAAAUGUAAGCACAAUUUCUCCUAUCGGACCGGAUGAGCUGCCACCACCGUACCAACAGGCAGGAAUGCCUAUGGUGACUUGCCGUGUCUGCCAGUCAAUGAUAGAUAUUUCUGGGAAAAGGGAACAACAUGUUGUCAAAUGUGCUGUGUGUCAUGAAGCUACACCUAUACGGAAUGCCCCACCAGGAAAAAAGUAUGUGCGUUGUCCUUGCAAUUGUUUACUGAUUUGCAAGUCAUCAUCACAGCGCAUUGCAUGUCCCAGACCAGACUGCAAAAGGAUUAUCAACCUUGCACCAUCACCUGUUACCCCACCAGUCUCUACAUUGCCUGGAAUGUGCAGGGUGAUUUGUGCGCAUUGCCAGGAUACUUUCCUAUAUCCACGCUUGAGGUCCGCACCGGCGCGAUGCCCACAUUGUCGUAAGGUGUCAUCCGUUGGCUCGGCCAUGAUCUUUCGUGGGACUAUUUUCGCCGUGUUAGCAGUCAUAUUCUUUGCUAUUGCUUUAGGCGUAACCCUGGGCACUCUUAAUGCAGCUAAGGCUCAUGGAGGAGGUAUUUAUGUGGCAUAUGUUGGCGCUUUCUUGGUCGCAUUAUUCCUGGCCACUCGAGCUGUUUAUUACUUUGCAAUGAAAGUUAGUCAGAUCGAGGAGCCAAUG